AUGGCCGAAACUUCAGCUAAUGUCAACUUGAACCUCAUCCCGGCGAUGGAAGCGCCGCCGGGAGAGGUCAGCAAUCUCAAGGAUCCGGCGAAUAUGAACCGGUUCAUGUACCUCACCGCCGGGGUCUGCCUGAGCUGCUCGACAUUGGCAGUCAUAUUUCGCUUAUUUGUCAAGGCUCGAAUCAUAAGAGCCAUUCAGCUUGAAGAGUUCAUUCUAUCCUUCUCGCUGGCGGGACUUAUUUCGUUAACGGGAGUCAUGAUUCAAUCAACGCUUAUGGGGCAAGGAGUACACCAAUGGAACGUGUCAGCGGCACAUGCGCAGAAAAUCGUCGAGUAUGCAAAUAUCAUCGAAAUCGUCUAUUGCCCUGCUAUCCUGGGCGCUAAAGUCGCCAUGCUCCUCCAAAUAAAGCGCAUCUUCGUUGUCGGCAAGAAAGGGGCACUAUUUUGGCUGCACGAAAUAAUCCUAUGGCUCAACGUUCCUACGUAUACUGGCCUUAUGUUUAGUUUCAUCUUCAGCUGCGUUCCGCGUGAGAAGAUUUGGGACUCAUCUGUGCCGGGCCAUUGUGUCUCUGUGUCUACUUCCCUUAUUGCGACUUCCGUGUUGAAUGUCCUAUCCGAUGUGACUAUGCUAUUCCUCCCGGUAGCUGUGAUUAUGCAAUUACAUCUACCCACACGGAGUAAAAUAAUCCUGAGCGCUAUAUUCGGGACAGGUGUUUUGACCAUUAUCGCGAGUGUUAUCCGCUUGAUAUAUACCGUCCGACUUAUUCGAACCGAAGACUUCACCCGGGCAAUCAUGCCGGUGGGACUAUGGGCCAUCGCCGAAGUUACGUCUGUCACCCUUGCCGGUGCCAUUCCCCUACUACCUGGCUUCGUCAAAUUCGUCCGAAACGGUAACGACUCUUCUGGCACGCGAUCAGGUUCCCGCUGGGCCUCCAACUACGGGACCGGCUCCAGGGGACAACCCCACUAUCCCAUGGAUAGCGAGACGGAGACGAUAAUUAAUGCUGACUCGCUGAAAGACAAUGCGGUUCCAUUAGGCAUUAUGAAGACAGUGCAGGUCCAAGCUGUUUAUGAUCGGUCAUAG